AUGGUCACUUUGAGAUACAUAAUUAAAGGCACUUCGCAAAUAGAUUUAGCUGGUAUGUUUCGAAUAAGUCCAACUUCUGUAGGAAGAAUAAUAAACGAAACCUCUAUUGCUAUAUGGACUAUUUUGCUGGUUAAAGAAUAUAUCAGCUAUCCAAAAAGCGAAAAUGAAUGCAAAGCUAUAACAAACGAAUUUGAGAAAUGGAACUUCUCCAUUUGCAUAGGGGCUAUUGAUGCGAAACAUAUUGUUAUGCAAACCCCUUCAAGAUCAGGGUCAUUCUACUUUAAUUACAAAAAAUCUCACUCAAUUGUUUUGAUGACUAUUUAUAAUGCAAACUAUGAGUUCACACUUAUUGAUGUACCUUGUAGGUAUCAUUCUAAAAAACUUAAAAAAGCUGCAUAUCUUUUAUGA